GCCCCAGCCCUCUGAGCCCACAGCCAUUUUGGCUCAAGUCGUGUUGGCUCAACCGCGUCAGAUCGCAGAGUGCGCGAGCCGUCCUGUUCCAGGGGACCAUGGAUACCGCCUCCCAGAACUUCUUGGAGGAUAGCUCUCGCCGCACAGCGGUUGCUCUCUCGUGCGCCGUCUGGUACGUGCUCGGCGUCUCUCUGCUGGUGGUCCGCGUGGCGGGUCUGGCGAGGCGCAGCUUAGCUCCAUUCUCGCUGGGCUGCCGACUGGGCCAUUUUGCCAGGGUGUGCAGGCGCUCCCUCAUAGACAGUGCGUCCGUCGCGAAGGAGCUCCAGAAAAGAAGGCUGACUCACGCCCACGGCUGGAUUCAAUAUGGCGUCUUCGCCGCCUUCGUUGUUGUAGGCGUGACCUCCAUACGGAUAAUGCAACCAUCCCUUCGCUUCCACUCCUGCGUGCAGGACGUCUCCGUUUUGGUGGCGUGCUUCAUACUUCUCUUUCUUGCGGCAUUCCCGACCGUGGUGACACUGACUACUUUGGACGUAUGGUCCUCUAUGCUUGCAGCGUGCAUCGUGAUGUGGGCAUCGCCACUCGCCCUAGAACGACAGCAUGCGGCCCCGUCUGCCUUGCUGCCAUUUGCAGCUGCAAUGCUGCUCAGCAUGUUCAAUCUGAACUUGCGGCUGAAUCUCCUGUGGGUCUGUGCCUUGACCGCAUCGAGCUGCAGUUCGAUCCUGUUCGGCUAUGACCGCCCGCUCAGGGGCCGCGAGGGCUGCGCCGGCGGCCUGUCGCCCUUCCAGAACGGGACGCACGUUGCCAUGUCGGGCAUGAUCAUUGCAGGUUGUGUCACUUGUAUUCACAGGUUCAUCCGCCUGGCCGCGCAGUACGAGAUGGAGGCCUGCAUCUCGAGGAACGAGCUGCAGGCUGCCCACUCGGUGCUGCGGACCGUCUGCGACGUGGUGGUGGAGCUCGACAGCGACUUCUGCCUGCAGGUCGAGUCGCCCAGGCUCGUGGACAUGCUCCUGCUGAACUCGCAGCGGUCCCUCCUGGGCGAGGACGUCAGGUCGUUCCUGGCAUCUCCGCAGGACCGCCAGAAGUUCACUGAGCAGCUGAGCCAGGCCUGCCUGGACAGCGCGGAGCAGUGCGCGGCCUUCCACGUUUCCAUGAAGGACAGUUCCAGCAUCGCUCUUGUAGUCGAGGUGUACUCCAUGAGAUUUGUGACUCGGGGCGCGCAAGCGGCGUAUUUCGUCGGCAUCCGAGAGUUUACCGACAGCGCCCCGAUGUUCACAAAGGGUAGUGCGGCGGAAGCGAUCAAUGGCGACGGACAGCAUGGCUACGCCCCAGUGGUGGGUUUCCCACCCCCAGCCAGGCUGGCAGAUGGGUCUUCUGAAGAUUCGUCGGACGUGAACCCCGAUGCUCCCGCGGGGGACGUGGAGUUCCUAAUCAAGGCGGAGGCUGUGGGCUGGAUCGACGUCCUUACCCCGGACUACACUGUGAGGCACACCACCCCCGCAUUCGCUCAACAUUUGCAAGCCGACAGCGAGUUUCUGGCCGCGCUGAAGCCAGUCCAGAGGUUAGAUUUUAUAGAGUGGGCGCAGCUGGCAUAUCUCGACCUCUUGCAGGAGGGAUCCGGCUCUGUCCACAGGCGGUACGGCAAGCGACUCCACAUCAGGUGCUCCGCCCCCGCGGCCGCACGCGGGCUGCGCCCGCAGCGGACGCCGCCGAUCUCGGCCCUCCCGAGGCUGGACCUGACACCACCCCCUGGCGAGCAGCCGCACAGCCAGGGCGUCGUGCGCCUCGUGCUCCAGGACAUCCGCGCGCGGAGGCGGGCGCCCGAGCGCCCGUCGACGCGGGGCACCCCGCCGGUCACGCCCCGCACCAGCCUGGGCAGCCUGCAGCGCCCGCCAGGGCCCGAGGGCAGGGGGCCCGCGGGGGCCGCGGCCGAGGCCGCGGCCGAGGGGCCGCCGCCGCCGGCUCCCGUGCGGCUGAGCCUGUGAGGCGCAGGGCGCGCCCUCGGUCGAUGCAGAGAGCGUCGUCUCGUCCCCUCGGCUUCGAGGCCUGCGCGGGCCAGGGCCCCUUUCGUGGCCGUGGCCCGUUGCGGCAGCGACGCCCCCCCCCCCCGCCUCCGCCUCCCUCCCCCUCCCCCUCCCUCCGCGCCCGCCUUCCUGCGAGCUCGCUUUCCCGAGCACGGGCAGGGUCGCCAGCUUGUCCCUCCUCUGCACAAGGGCCGCCAGCUCUCCCCCGGACCGCCGUCGUCUCGGCGCCCCCAGACGGCCCCCUGCAGCAGCCUGUCCUUCUUUCCCCUUCCCUCUUCUCCCCCCUGGCAUCGUGUGCCCUCUUCACCCCUUUGCCACUCUUUCCUCUUGGCAGCGCUCGGCGCAGUGACCAACCAGGGCAGCGGCAUACCAGCGAGGCAUAUUCAAGCAGCUGGGCUUGCUACCUUGGCGUGUCUGUUUGCGUAAGCGGAGAUGGUGCUUGUGUGCAUAUUUGACUGAUCGUUAACUUUGAGCUCGGUCUUGCCGUUGGCGCAACGAAUGGCGCCACAUGGUCUGGCACUUUGUGGUUUCGGUCAGGGGAGUACCCUGGCAAGGACAGCUGGCAGGAUGCGGUGCGAGGUAAUUAUGCAGUGACUGGCCAGGGCAGCGGCAUACCGGCGACGCUCAUUCAAGCAGCUGGGCUUGCGACCUUGGCGUGUCUUCCUGCAUUCGCACCCUUGCUGGGUUCUCCGUCCGCUUGCCCCUCAGCAUUCCUAGGGCUAGCUGAGGGGUCACGAUGCUAGUAGCGUUGGUACUGGCGUUCUGGGGUGUGCAUGAUAUCCCCGAAAAGGCGCCCCUCAGAUGGCCCCAAGACCCAAUGCCAGCAUUAAAUUAUAUAGAC